GACAACAAAAACAAUAUAGCAAAGUUGUUACAAUGGCUUCUGUGGGUUCAUGCUCCUGUCAGUGUAGCUCCAAGCAUUCCGGCACACGCAUAAGAUCGUCACCUUACCCACUAAAUAAGACAGAUUAUUGUUGGGGAUGCAGAUACAUUCUUCAGCACCUUUGUGGACAACAACAACAUCAACAUAUUUGUAGCAUGAUGGUCCCUCAAGCAAGUGCAACCUGUUACUGUAAUAGACAACUGGGGGUAAUGGCUUAUGUGCCACCAUUGCCACCACCACUGCCGCCCCCUUUACCCCCUCCAGAGGCUUUAAUACAUGUGGCUCCCAAACAAUCUGAGGCAAUGGAUAAAGAUAUGAAUUUACAGUAUGAAGAAAACGGCCGUACACCCUCUGCUACUGCGAAGCUAAGCCCCGACAUUAAUGCGUUAUUAAACAAACCACCUCCGCCACCUCCUAGUGAGGGAAAGAUUAAAAUUGAAAUGAAGGAGGAAAAUGCUUUCGCACAAGCUAAGGCUUCACCAAGUAAGACAACUAGGGGUGUCUUAGAAAAUGUUCGAACCACUGCAUCUUCGCACCUUGCCUUAUAUCAGUCAUCCCUGGAACAAAAAUCUUGUCAUACUUCCUAUGCACCCGCCAUGUCAAAAAUAAAUGUCGGAAUAUCCGACGCUACAGAUAAGGGCGAAAACCACCGGGAGAUUAACGAAAGCCAAGAUUCAAUACAAGAUACGCAAAUGGGUAUUUCUAGAAUAAAUAUGGCCAAUUCCGAAAUAUUGAACGAGGAGGAAGCUCAAGCGAAUAUUCUAUCGUCAUUAACAAAACACGUACAAAAGAUGGUAGAUGAUCUUGGUGCUAAAACUAAAGCAAGGCAUAAUCCGACUAAAAGAAUAAAAGGCCAAAAAGACUGUCGCUAUUGUGAUAAAGAUCAUCCGAUAAAGAAAUGUUUCCGAUUUUGCAAAAUGAGCAUAGAAAAGAGAUGGGAAGUCGUUGAGAAUUUCAAUUAUUGUUCGAAUUGUCUGGCACACUCUCAUAGCACAAAUGAGUGUCCAAGCGAGGAGAGAUGUAAGAAGUGCAAGGAAAAACACCAUAGAAUGCUGCACGACGAUCCGGAAAAGGAUCACAUGAAGAAGCGUAAAUUGGAUGCAGAGUCGAAAACGGAAGCAGAGUCAAAAAUGGAAGCAGAGUCAAAAAUGGAAGCAGAGUCACAAAUGGAAGCCGAGACAAAAAUAGAUUUGGUACUGUCAGAGAAUGGAAGCACCAGCGAAAAUGUGCAGAAGAAUGGGGAUACAAAUGAGAUGGUUGUUAUUGAGUUGGAUGAAGAGGAAAGUGAUUAUUAUCAUAUACCUCUGCCUGAUGAUAUCAUAGUUAUUGACGACGAUGAAGGUAUGUAAAGGCACAUUUUUGAAAAUUACACCAGUAAAGAAUUUUAACAACUUGUGUUUAGAAUUUAAUGAUAACUAUUAAAAAGGAUAGAAUUUGUGAAAUACUUUAGGGCUGGUUAUAGUGGCCCGUAGAUUAACUUUGUCUACUAUGAUGCUGGACGCAUGGCUCCAAUACUUGGCAAACAAUUGUUUAGCUCACUAAAGAUGGCGACAUUGUGAGAAUGUUAAUCUUAUCAAUGUUCACUACAAAGAGUUGUUGUUCUGUGUAACGCCAUUGAGACUCUAUUAAUUAGGAAGUCCCUGUCAUACCCCUGUUUCCAAGCAGGACACCUGUUGAAUAUUUUUCAUAUUUUUGUUUCGACUUUACUGUAAACUGAAAACAAAGUAAAACUCAUAAAAACACAAAAAUUAUAAGCUUUACAUAAAUUUGCGAUAGAUAUGUCAAGACACAAUGCUCUUA